GACAAAGUGAGAGAAACCCAACUAUAGUGAUAUCUAAACGGCUACCAUAAUCAAAGGAGUGAAAAACACAUAUCAGACAAGCAAAAGAACAAACGAACCCAUCAAACCACCAAACAAACUAAAAACAAUAUGCAAAACUCAACCCAAACACCACCCACCACCACCACCACCACCAAAGAUAACAGAACUACAAUACUCUACUGUCUAAUAGCCACCUCCCUCUUCUCUCUCCUCUUCAUUCUCUCUCUCUCCAUCACCUCCCAACCACCACCACUCCCACCCUCAUCCGACCCAUUCCUUUUCCCAAACCGCCGGACCCGAAACACCCGCCACGACCACCACCUCUUCUUCCACAACCCAAAAAACCCAAUUGACCCAUCACCACCCACACCUCCUUCCAUAGCCUAUCUCAUAUCUGGAUCCGCCAAUGACUCGGGUCGGAUCCUCCGCCUACUCUUCGCCAUCUACCACCCAAGAAAUCAGUACCUCCUCCACCUCGACCUCUCUGCUCCACAAAGAGACCGUCAGCUUCUCGCCCUCACUGUCCGCUCCAUACCCGUUUUCAGAGCUGCUCGGAACGUUGAUGUCAUUGGCAAGGCCGAUUUCGCAUACCCAAAAGGGUCGGGUUCCAUUUCAUCAACAUUACAUGGUGCUUCGAUUCUACUUAGGAUUUCCACCCAUUGGGAUUGGUUCAUCAAUCUUUCUGCUGCUGAUUAUCCUUUGGUUAAUCAAGAUGAUCUUCUUCACAUUUUGUCGUAUCUGCCUAAAGAUCUUACAUUUGUGAAUCACACAAGUUACAUUGGCUAUAGAGAAUCGAGGAGGUUGAAAUCGAUAAUUGUUGAUCCUGGAUUUUUCCUUUUGGAAGAAGAUGAGACCUUUUAUGUUACUGAGAAGCGAAAACUGCCAAAUGCUUACCGGUUGUUUACUGGUUCACCGUCAGCUAUUUUGAGUCGCAAGUUUAUCGAGUUCUGCAUCUUGGGUACAGACAACCUACCAAGGACUCUACUCCUGUACUUAGCUAACAUGCCUUCAGCUCUCUCAGUUUACUUCCCGAGCAUUCUAUGUAAUUCUCAUCAGUUCAAGAGAACUACGAUAAACCAUGGAUUGCAGUAUGCUUCAUUUGACGCCAAGAAGGAGCUCCGGCCUCUCAAUAUCAAUGAUUUUGAUGAUCUCAUUCAGAGUGGGGCGGCAUUUGCCACACCAUUUCUACCAGAUGAUCGAAUUCUUGACCGCAUUGAUCGAAAAAUUUUGCGCCGCCGUCCUGGCAAACCCGUGCCUGGUGGGUGGUGUUUAGGCAAACGUGGUAAUGACACAUGUUCUACUUGGGGAGAUGCUGAUAUUUUGAGGCCUGGUCCAGGAGCUAGAAGGCUUGAAAAGCUUAUUGUUCAACUACUUUCAAAUGGAACGUUUCGGUCUCAUCAAUGUGUAGUUGAGUGAUCUCUCCUCCAAAACCAAAAUAUAGAAAGAAAAAUAAAAGAUGAAAAAAAAAAAAGAAGAAGAAAGAAAGAAAGAAAAAGAACGUUUUAUCUUCAGCAAGCCUACAGGUUCCUCUCUAACUGUCGCAUUUUUGAAAAUGUUGUUACAUAUUGACUUUUAUUCAGUUUAUUCAUUUAUAGACAAACAAUUGAUAUAUUUUUAGCUCAUUGUAGUUGAGGUUGUAAAUUAUUGAAAAUCUUUUUACUUUCCAUCUUUCGGGAAAACAUAGUGCUGUCUUCAUGAUAUUUUCGUCAUCAUAACGGAAGAAACAUAUUAUGGUUGCAUCUGUGG